AUGCGGUUCGGCGCAUUGGUGCAGAACGAAUUCAUCUGUGCGGACCCGCUGACCAUCAUCGGCGGAUUGGGCGCGGACAGGCGCAAGCCGGCACCGGCGGGCACGGCGCUCUUCCGGCCCGGUGUGGUCACGCCGCGCCGCGUACUUCCGCAACCGGCCGCCGACAUCGAUCGCAUCCGACGAGGCGCUUCUGACGAUCGGUGGCAAGAUACCGGAGCACAGUGUCCGCUUUUCGGCUUCGAAGUCGUCAGCCUCGUUAUGCUGGCCCCGGCGAUGCGCAACGCCCUCUCGAUGAAGCUGAUCCUCCUGCACGCGUUCGCGCUCGCGGCGACGGGUCCGGUGUCGGCCGAAGGGCAGACGCCGGUCCGGUCCCUUGCGAUCGAGAUCAACAAGGCCGAGCAGCUCGAAGCGACAUGCCGGCUGGUCUUCAUGACGCAUAACGGGCUGGGGGCCGAUCUGGCGGAACUGUCGCUGGAGACCGUCCUGUUCGACACCGAAGGCGGUGUCGAUCGGUUCACCCUGUUCGACUUUCGCGAGGUGCCGGCCGGCAAGAUGCGGGUGCGGCAGUUCGAUCUGCCCGACACGCAAUGUUCCGAUAUCGGCAAGGUGCUGAUCAACGGGGCAUCGGCAUGCAAGGGCGAAGGGCUGACCGAUUGCGGGAUGAUUUUCGGCCUUGCCAACCCGAUCGACCGCGCCGCCGGUCUGAUCGCUCUGGGCGGCCCGGUGGUCGCACUUUUGCUGGUCCUGUCGGUGAUCGCGCUGGCCAUCGUGAUCUACAAGAUGGCGCAAUAUGUGCGGCUGGGCACGGGCAUCGACCGGCAUGUGGACGAGGCGGUACGCCUGUGGCGGGCCGGCGAUCGGGCGGCGGCGCGAUCACAUCUUGCCGAUCGGAAGACGGCGCUCGCCGAACUGGUCCGCGAGGCGAUGGGCCAGGCCGGGCAGACCGGCGGCCAUGUCGCGCGAAGCGAUCUCGAGGAUCAUUUCGCGAUCGUCGCGGCGCGGCAGUUGCAGCGGUUGCAGAGCGGCUUCCGGGCGCUGGAAUCGAUUGCCCAGAUCGCGCCGCUGAUCGGCCUGUUCGGCACCGUCCUGGGGAUGAUCGAGGCGUUCCGGCAAUUGCAGGGCGCGGGCAAUGCGGUCGAUCCGUCGCUUCUGGCCGGCGGCAUCUGGGUGGCCCUGCUGACGACCGCCGUCGGACUUGCGGUGGCGAUGCCGACGGCGAUCUGCCUGAGCUUUUUCGAAAGCCGGGUCGCGCGCCACCGACUGGCCAUCGAGGAGGCGCUGACGGCCGUCUUCAACCCGGUUCGGACCGGUUCUGCCGCAGCGGGUGCAUAUGGCCGCGUGCGGCGCAUCUCGCUGACGUCGCUGAUCGACGUCAUCUUCCUGCUGCUGCUCUUUUUCAUGCUGACGGCGACCUUUUCGCGGUUCGCCGAUGUCGAGCUGUCGACCGGCGGAGGGGCGUCGCAGCUUGCCGACCAGACGCCGGUCUUUCUGCAAUUGCAUGCAGACGGGCUGUCACUGAAUGCCGAGCCGCUGGACGUGUCACAGCUGGGCGAGCGGCUCCUUGUGCUGCGCGAAGCGGGACGCGCCGAUGUCGUCAUCCUGUCGGUCCGCGACGGGGCGACAUCGCAGCAACUGGUCGAUGUGAUCGCGGCGGUGGGCGCGACAGACCAUCACGAUGCGGCGGGCCGGCGGUCCGAGCCGGCCAUCGCGCUGAUCAACAUCGUCUUCCUGAUGCUGAUCUUCUUUCUUGUCGCCGCGCAGGUCGCGCCGCCGCUGGAUGGCGAUGUCGCUCUCGUCUCGACGCGCGAUCUCGACAGCCGCGAACCGCCGGACGCGCUGGUGAUCGCUGCCGACGGGCAACUGUCCUAUCGCGGUGCGACACUGACGCCGGCGCAGUAUGUGGCGCUCAAGCGAGUGGGUGCGCCGGCGCUCGCAGAAUUACGUCUGGGCGCUCGGGGUCGAACGCGUCUUCAUCGUCACCGAGCGGAGCCUGGCGGGGCCAUGAGCGGGCGCGGGCCUGCCUUUGCCGGCGCGGCCAUGCUUGCGCUCACCGCCUCGGUCGGGGUUCACCUCGGCGGCGCAUCCAUCGACACCUCGACGCAACCGGAAAUCGAGACCGGCGGCGAGGUCAUCCAAGCCGCCGCGCUGGGCUCGGGCUUCGAAUCACUGGUCGCGGCCGGCGACCGGCUGAGCCCGGUGGAUGCGGAAACCGAGGCCAUUGCGCCCACGGACAAUGCCAGCGCCGGACCGGCGCCGGCGAGCACCCGAUCGGUCGUCGCGCCGGUUUCGCCGCCCAGCGAUUCGGCCGAACCGUUGACGGUGGCGCAAGCGCCCGAAAUCGCCGCCGUGGCACCGGUGGAGACGAGCGAUGUGGUCGAGGCGCGGCCGGACGAACCGGUCCUGCCGGUCCCGCUGGCCCGUCCGUUCCGGCAGAUCGAUGUCGAUCGCGCACGGGCCGAGGAGCAGCGGCGUGCCGCCCGUGCCGCCGAACGCCAGCGCCAGGCGGAGCGGCAAAGGCGUGUCGAGCAGCAGCGUGCGACGCGCCAGCAGGCGCGUGGCACAGAGCAGGGGCAGGCCGAUCGCAACGCGCGGGCCGGACGCGCCGACGGGCCGACGCAGGGCCGUAGCGCCAAUACAAGCCAGGGCAAUCAGCCGGCGCGGGAGGCCGGCAAUGCGGCGGCUUCGAACUAUCCCGGCAAGGUGUACGCCAAGAUACGCCGCACCCGGCAGCGUGCCGCCGGCGGGAGCGGAACGGUGCGCGUCAGCUUCUCGAUCGGAGGAGAUCCAGCCAUGUUCGUCGCGAUGAACCGUUUCAAGAUCAAUGAAGGCCAUGAGGCGGCUUUCGAGGAGGUCUGGCGCAACCGCGAUUCGCGCCUCAAACAGGUGCCCGGAUUUCAGACCUUUCAUCUGCUCAAGGGCGACUUCGACCAAGACAGCCGCACCACACUCUAUGCGUCGCACACGAUCUGGGGCAGCCGGGACGAUUUCGUCGCCUGGACCAGAUCCGACCAUUUCCGCCAGGCCCACGCCAAUGCCGGCGACACCAAGGGCAUGUAUGCGGGCCAUCCGCAGUUCGAGGGCUUUGAGGCCGUACUCGAGGAAUGUGACAUCGAAAGAUGCGUCUUUGCGCGGAGCGUCCGUCGGGUGGCUUUCCUCCAUCAGAAUGGCCGGUCCGGCAAACGCCGGGUUCAAACACGUGGUCCUUGUGCGGGCCACACGGACAUUUGGGGGACUACCGUGAUCCGAACCAUUCUUCUUGCCACAGCCGCCUGGGCGGCGUUGUCGCUGCCGCGGCCUGUUCAUGCCCAAGAGGGCACUGACGAUGGCGCGACGGUCCUGCCGACCCUUCUGAUCACCGCCGGGCGGACGCCGGUCGAGCAGGAAGCGUCCGGGCGUGCCUUCACGGUGAUUACCGGGGAAGAGCUCAAGCGCAGCCAGACACGCUAUCUCGCAGACGCCCUGCGCCGGGUGCCCGGCUUUCAUGUCUCGCGUGCCGGUUCGUUCGGCGCGCCGACCCAGGUGCGCGUGCGCGGCUCCGAGGGCAAUCAUGUGCUGGUUCUGAUCGACGGCGUCGAAGUGUCGUCGGUCAGCCAGGGCGAGUUCGACUUUGGCGGCCUGCAGGUCGGCGAUGUCGACCGCAUCGAGGUGCUGCGCGGCCCGCAGAGCGCGCUUUACGGAUCGGACGCGCUUGCCGGCGUCAUCAACGUCAUCACCAAAAGGGGGCCGCGCGACGGGUUCGAAGCGCUGCUUCAAAGCGAGACCGGAACCGAUGGCACGUUUCUGGGCGGCGUCGCCGUGCGCGGCGGGACGGAGUGGUUCGAUGCGGCCGUGUCCGCGCGGUUCCGUCGCACGGACGGUUUCAACCUUUCGGACUUCGGGACCGAGAAGGACGGUGACGAGAACCUGACACUGACCGGGCGCUUCACGCUCGACGUCAACGACAAUCUGGUGAUCGACGCCAAUGGCCGCAUGGUCGACCGGUUCGUCGAGACCGACCGACAGGAUUUCGCCUUUCCCGCAACGCCGACGCAAGGGCUCGUCAUCGACAGCGACGACACGUCGGAUGUGCAGGAGCUUUCCGGCGCGAUCGGCGCCACAUGGACCUCGCUCGAUGGUGCGUGGACGCACGGCGCCCGGUUUUCGGGGAGCGGCGACGAGCGCGACAGCGCACGCGGCGGUGUCGUUACCUCGACCAACAAGGGCAAUCGCCUGAAGGCGGAGGUUCAGUCGAGCUAUAUGUUCGAAACGCCUGCGCUGCUCGAUGCCGUCCAUACGGUCACCGGCGCUUAUGAAUGGGAGCAGGAGCGGUUCUGGCAGACCGCGACGCAGGAGCGCGUGACGCAAUCCUUCGUCGCCGAAUAUCGCGGCGAGUUCGCCGGCCAAUUCUAUCUGAACGCCGCCGUGCGCCACGACAUGAACGACCCGUUCAAGGAUGCGACGACCUACAGCGUGGCCGGCGCCUGGGCCGUGCCUGGCACCGGCACGCGCCUUCACGCCUCGGUCGGAACCGGCGUCAAGAACCCGACCUUCUUCGAGCAGUUCGGCUUCGUGCCGGGCAGCUUCCGGGGAAAUCCCGAUUUGCGGCCCGAGGAAAGCCUUGGCUGGGAUGUCGGCAUCGAGCAAAGCCUCUGGGACGGGCUGGUCGUCGUCGACGUCACAUGGUUCGACCAAAAUCUGGAAAACGAGAUCCAGGGCUUCGGGCAGACGGUGCGCAACCUCAACGGGACAUCGCACAGGCAGGGCGUCGAAUUGUCCGCGACGGCCGAACUGUUCGACGGUUUUUCGACGACGGCGAUGUACACCUAUACCGACGCCACAGACCCCAACGGCAUGCGUGAGGUGCGCCGGCCGAUGCACAGCGCAUCGCUUUCGGCGGCCUACACGUUUUAUCAAGGUCGGGCGCAGCUUUUCGGCGAAGUCAUCUACAAUGGGGCGAUGGACGAUCUGGAAUUCAUCAAUGCGACGCCGCAGACCCGCGUGACGCUGACCGACUAUGUGCUGGUCAAUAUCGGCGGGAGCUUCAAGGUCAACGAGACGGUGGAGGUUUACGGCCGCGUCGAGAACCUGUUGGACGAGCGCUAUGAGGAGGUGUUCGGCGCGGUUCUGACCAUGUGGCGGGCGUCGCGAUCGCUGUUGCUCGGCGCCCUGGUGUGGCUCGGUGGGGCAUUGGCCGUGCCGGCCGCAGAGCCGCCGGCGCGUGUCGUGUCGAUGAACGUGUGCACCGACCAGCUUGCCAUGCUGGUCGCCAGGCCGGGCCAGCUUCAUUCGGUGUCAUGGCUGGCCGCCGAUCCCGCCAUGUCGGUUCUGGCCAACGAGGCUGAAGGGCUGCGGCUCAAUCGCGGCCUGGCCGAGGAGAUCUUCCUGAUGAAGCCCGAUCUCGUCAUCGCCGGUACGUUCUCCACACGCGCCACAGUGACCUUGCUUCAGCGUCUCGGCUUCCGGGUCGAGCAGUUCGCGCCGGCUGCCUCCCUUGCGGACAUUCGUGCCAACAUCGUCCGCAUGGGGGACCUGCUCGGCAAUCCGUCGCGUGCCGGAGCGCUGGUCGCGCGUUUCGAUGCGGAUCUCGCUGCGCUAAGGGCCUCUCCGCCAAGCGACCAGAUGCUCGCGCUCUAUUUUGCCAACAGCUAUACGUCCGGCGGCGGAACGCUCGCCGACGCCGUUGUCGAAGCCUCCGGGCUGAAAAAUCUGGGCCGGGAGAUGGGCUAUGAGGGCACGGUGAAGCUGCCGCUGGAAAUGCUCGUCAACGCCGAGCCCGAACUGGUCGCCGGCGGCGGGCGCGAUUUCGGCCGGCCGGCGCGGGCACAGGAAGCGUUCCGUCACCCGGCCUAUCGCGCCGUUGCCGGCGCCGGGCGCGGCAUCGUCAUGGACAGCACAUACUGGCUCUGUGGCACACCCCUGACACUGGAAGCGGCACGGACGCGCUUUCAUCUCCUGAUCGGCGUUUUGGCGCUUGUCGUCCUUUUGCUGUUCGGCGUGUCGCUUUUGACCGGUCCCGCGGCGACCGGCUUUUUCGAUGCGUUCGCCGGCCUUUUUUCAGACGAUCGCGGACCGCUCGCCCUGAUCAUGCAGGAAAUCCGGCUGCCGCGGGCGAUUCUGGCGGCGGCGAUCGGCGCGACGCUGGGCCUUUCGGGCGCGGCGCUGCAGGGCUAUCUGCGCAAUCCGCUCGCCGAGCCGGGUUUGCUCGGCAUCAGCGCUUCGGCUUCGCUUGGCGCGGUUCUGGCGCUCUAUACGGGCUUUGCCGCCGCGUUUCCGCUCGGUCUGCCGCUUGCCGCGCUUGCCGGCGCGGUGGUCGCUGUGCUCAUCGUGCAGGCGCUGGCGGGCCUGUCGGGCAACGUGCUGACGAUCAUCCUGGCAGGUGUCGCCGUCUCCAGCUUUGCCGGCGCGAUGACGUCGCUGGCGCUCAACUUGUCGCCCAAUCCCUUCGCUGCGCUCGAGAUCGUCUUCUGGAUGCUGGGCUCGCUCAACGACCGGUCGAUGACCCAUGUCUGGCUGUCGCUGCCCGUCAUGAUCGUGGGCUGGGCGAUGCUGGCCGCGCUGGCCCGACCGCUCGACGUUCUGACGCUCGGUGAACAGGCGGCCCAAUCCAUGGGUGUCGACAUGGGCCGCGUGCGUUUUCUGGCGGUGUUCGGAACGGCGGCGUCGGUCGGUGCAGCAACCGCCGUUGCAGGCGCAAUCGGCUUUGUCGGCCUGAUCGUGCCGCACGUCCUGCGCCCGCUGGUCGGCGCGCGGCCCUCGCGCCUGUUGCCGGCGAGCGCGCUGGGCGGCGCGGCGCUGCUGCUGGCCGCCGACAUUGCAGUGCGGAUCGUCGCGCCGGCCCGGGACCUGAAGAUCGGCGUCCUGACCGACAUUGGUAUGAGCCUUCUUGCGGUCCGGGACCUUUCGGUGGCUCUCGGCAAGCGGGCCGUGCUGAACGGAAUCGAUCUGACCGUCGAGUCGGGCGAAUGCGUCGGCCUGAUCGGGCCCAACGGCGCGGGCAAGUCGACCUUUCUCAAAGCCAUCCUCGGCCAGGCCCCGGGUGCGGGAGACAUAAGGCUUGGCGAUGCUGAAAGCCGGACCAUGAGCGCUCUCGAACGGGCGCGGAUCGCCGCCUAUCUGCCGCAGGAACGCGAGGUGCACUGGCCGGUGAGCGUCGAAGUGCUUGUCGGGCUGGGCCGGGCCUUUGGCCGAAGCGCCGUGGCGGCGCCGUCGGCGAAGGACCAGGCCCUGAUCGAGGCGGCGAUGGAACGCAUGGCCGUGACCGCGCUGCGCCACCGCCGCGCGACCGAGCUUUCCGGCGGCGAACGGGCGCGGGUGCUGAUCGCGCGGGCGCUGGCGCAGGACACGCCGCUGCUGCUUGCGGACGAGCCGACCGCCGGGCUCGAUCCGUCGCACCAGAUCGCGCUGAUGGCGACGUUUUCCGAUCUGGCGCGCGAAGGGCGCAGCGUCGUCGCCUGUCUUCACGAGAUUUCCUUGGCGGCGCGCUGGUGCGAUCGUAUCGUCGUUCUCAACGAGGGCCGGAUCGUCGCCGACGGACCGCCGGCCACGGUGUUGACCGAUGAGUUGAUGCGGACGGUCUAUGGCGUCGAAAUCCACCGGGCCGACAGCGCGCAGGGUCUGGUCGUGCUGCCGACGAACGUCCGGCUUGUCGGCUCCCGGCGGACGGUUUUCGACGUGCCGCGCUACUCGGACGGGGCCGAUGACGAGGUCAGCCACAGCAAAACUGUCAUCAACGAGGCUUAA